AUGGCGUAUACCGAUGAUGCAGUGAAGGCGAAGCUGUCGGCCCUCAAUGAGACGCAGGAAUCCAUUGUCACUGUCGCCCAAUGGAUUAUGUUCCAUAGACGACAUGCAGACCGCACCGCUCAGCUCUGGCUAGAGAGACUACGCGAUGCCAAUCCGCCAAAGAGACUCAACCUUAUCUAUCUAGCUAAUGAGGUCGCCCAGCAGUCAAAAGGAAGACGGAAGGAGGACUUUCUGAUCGCAUUUUCUCCGAUUAUCGCAGAUGCGACUGCGACGGCCUUCAAGGGUGCGUCUAACGAUAUUCAACAGAAGCUUAGGCGCGUGGUAGAAGUAUGGAGACAGCGAUCGAUAUUUGAGAAACCAAUCCAAGAAGCUGUUGAAGCGCGAGUUGAAGAGCUCGAUAAAUCCAAAUCUGCCGGCAAGAAACCUCUCCUUGGAGGGUCCCUUUUCUCGGGUUCCCCAGGCUCGCUCCCCCAGGAACUCCAGCCUCUUGCCCCAUUGCAAGUUGCAGCCUCGAAGGCCUCCGUUUCAUCCAACGCUACUAUCACGACCGCGAAUGUAGAAUAUGAUAAGUUAAACGGCCCGUCUGCUGAAAUUCCCACACCUCCAGUCUACGCUGCUCGGCUAAGCACGCUCUUAAAGACACUUGCCAAUGCCGAAAGCUCAGUGUCUGAGGUCAUGAAAUGUCGCCAAUCGCUUAUUGAGGGAUUAGAAAAGGUCCUGGACACCAACCGAGCCGCCCUAGCAAAGGAGAAAUCUCAAAUCGAACAGUUAGCGUCCCGCAGGACGGAAACCGAGAGUAAGAAACGCGAUGUUGAGGAUGCAAUAAUGCGUGGACUGUCUGCAGAUGAUUCAUCAGCACCACAGGGGAACGGUGAUUCGGCCUGGAGUGGACAUGACCACCACUCUUUUGGGAGCGAAGGGUUAGAAGCUCCAGCCGUCGAAGCUUUAACACCUCCGCCCGUCGAGGCAUUGACUCCAGUUCAAUCCCCUAAGUUAAACCCAAGCUCCGGUCAGGAUAACCAACAGCCAUCAACCAUACCCAGCCACACGAAGCCAGCCGCAGUGGCUGAAUUCGAAGCCCCAACCCAAAUGCCAUCAAUUGACUUGAAUGCCACCCUGUCAACCCUUCAAGCUGCCGCCAACCCAUCUAAUGAUAUCAAUGAACUAUCUAGCAAGAAGCGGAAAGUCGUUCACACUCAAGACAUCUAUCCCGAGUUUGAAGGGGGCGAUGCAAUGGCUGAUUUAGAUGCUGAUGUAGCUGAGCUAUUGAGACAAGAAAGCAGCAAGCACUAA